AUGGCUCAGCAGCAGUCCUCGCGUCUCAAUCGCCUGCUCACUCUACUCGACACUGGGUCGACUCAAGCAACCAGGUUCGCUGCGGCUCGGCAGAUUGGUGAUAUUGCCAAGUCGCAUCCUCAAGACCUGACCUCCCUCCUGAAGAAGGUGGCUCAGUAUCUUCGAAGUAAAAAUUGGGAUACAAGAGUUGCAGCAGCUCAUGCUAUUGGUGCCAUUUCUCAAAAUGUUAAGCACACAUCUUGGACCGACUUAUUUUCAACUAUCGAGACAAAAAUGUCUGAUGUUGGGAUGACUGGUGCUUUGCAAGAUGUGCUGGCAUGGCCUGCUUUUCACUCUAAAGUCUUGUCAAGUGUUUCUUUCAGAAGCUUUGAUCUCAACAAGGUUUUGGAGUUUGGUGCUCUGUUGGCCUCUGGAGGUCAGGAGUAUGAUGUUGCUGCUGAUAAUUCUAAGAAUCCACGGGAUAGACUUGCACGCCAAAAACAAAACCUAAGGCGUCGUCUAGGUCUAGAUGUCUGUGAGCAAUUCAUGGAUGUCAAUGAUAUGAUAAAAGAUGAGGAUCUUAUUGUGCAGAAACUACACCCUCAAGGAAAUGGCUUAGAUCACAGGAUUUACACAUCAGCAUCUGUACAUAGUAUCCAGCGGUUUGUUGCGAAUAUGGUUCCUUCUGUUAAAAGACCAAGUGCAAGGCAGCUAAAUCUUUUAAAGCGAAAAGCAAAAAUAACUUCGAAAGACCAAAUGAAGCUUUGGGCUGAGGAUGUGGAGUCAGAGAUGCCAUAUGCACAUAAUGUUACGACCCCAAUGGGCUCGGGUCCAGAUUCGCCUAAUCUUGUUAAGGGAGAUAUUUCUUAUGAUGAUGAUAACUCUGAUGCUGAUGUGGAUGGACUCUGGCCUUUUCGAGGUUUUGUUGAACAACUAAUUCUGGAUAUGUUUGAUCCUGUUUGGGAAGUUCGACAUGGAAGCUUAAUGGCCCUGAGAGAGAUUCUAACUCAUCAUGGUGCCUCUGCUGGAGUUUUUAUGCCUGACAUGAAUGCGGUGGCGCAGCAUGUUGAGUUGCAAGAUAAGAGCUCUGUAUUUUUGAGGGAAGAGGGCUCGUCGGCUUCAGUGAAGAGAGAGAGAGAGAUUGACUUGAAUAUGAAUGUUAGCGCAGAUGAGUUUGAGCCCGAAAGGAAAAGGCCCAAGUCGGAAGAAGCUUCCUCUCCUUCAAUGGAUAUAAAUGCCAUCAAGAAUGAGAACUGCGACGGUGAAGUCAAGGAUGUAGAUGGUUCAUGCGAUAUGCGUGUUGGGCAGGUUGAUCAGCAAACCAGUUUAUUUAAGGUGGAUGGAGAAUCUUUUGUUGAUAGUAUAUCCAAUUCUUCUAAAGAAGUUGUUGCUCCUGGUGUUGGUGCUGGUUCUGCUGACGCAGAGUCAAAUAGUUGCCUUGACGAGAAGCUUUCUUCUGGGAAUUUAAGUGUUACAGAAAAUCGUCCUAUUGGAUCUGAGCUGGCGGUGUGGGUUAAAUUAGCUAGGCACUCUUGGAUUAAAAAUUGUGAAUUCCUCCAAGAUUGUGCAAUUCGCUUCCUCUGUGUUUUGUCUCUAGAUCGCUUUGGAGACUAUGUAUCUGAUCAGGUUAUUGCUCCUGUUCGGGAGACUUGUGCUCAAGCAUUAGGUGCUACUUUCAAAUACAUGCAUCCCUCAUUAGUUCAUGAAACCUUGAAUAUUCUGCUGCAAAUGCAGCAUAGACCUGAAUGGGAAAUCCGUCAUGGAAGCUUGCUAGGGAUCAAGUACCUGGUCGCUGUGCGGCAGGAUCUGCUGCAUGAUCUUCUUGGUAAUGUUCUCCCCGCAUGUAAAGCUGGGCUAGAAGAUCCUGAUGAUGAUGUACGAGCUGUAGCUGCAGAUGCUUUAAUACCAGCUGCUGCUGCUAUUGUUGAUAAGAAGGGUCAGACCUUGCAUGACAUCAUCAUGCUUCUUUGGGAUAUUUUGCUCGAUUUAGAUGAUCUAAGCCCAUCUACUAGCAGUGUGAUGAAUCUCUUGGCAGAAAUCUAUUCCCAGGAAUCAAUGAUUCCUAGGAUGCAUGGCACUUGCUCUGCAGAAGAGAAACUGGAAAUUGAUCUCAAUGAUAUGGUUAAUAGUGAUAACAUGCAAGAAAGAACUGAUUUACGGGAAGAUCCUUAUAUGUUAUCCAGUUUGGCUCCUCGCUUAUGGCCCUUCAUGAGGCAUAGUAUCACGUCAGUUCGGUAUUCAGCCAUACGCACUCUGGAGCGGCUACUUGAUGCUGGUUUGAAAAGAAGUAUCUCCGAAUCCUCUGGUUCAUUUUGGCCUUCUUUCAUUUUGGGUGAUACAAUCAGGAUUGUUUUUCAAAAUCUGCUGCUUGAGUCAAAUGAAGUGAUUCUUGAAUGCUCGCUGAGGGUGUGGAAGCUUCUUGUUCAGUGCCCUGUUGAAGAUCUGGAAGCUGUUGCGAUGCCUUACAUGUCUUUGUGGCUUGAACUUGUCACUACUCCUUAUGGUACACAACUAGAUACGGGGAAGAUGUUUUGGCCUGCAGCUCCACCACGGAGGAGUCAGUAUAGAGCAGCAGCUAAAGUAAGAGCUGCGAAGUUUGAGAAUGAUCAACUAAGGAACAAUUUUAGCAAUUCUGUGGGAGGAGUUGCUCCACAUGAAAGAAAUGGAGAUGUCUCUGCCCCCUCCCUCAAGAUAGUUUUUGGUGCUGAUAUGGAGAUGUCUGUAACUCAUACACGAGUUGUCACAGCCUCAGCAUUGGGCAUUUUAACUUCUAAGUUGCAAGAGGAGUCUUUGCAAUGCGUAUUAGAUCCUUUAUGGAGCGCCCUUACAUCCUCAUCUGGGGUGCAGCGGCAGGUGGCAUCAAUGAUUCUUAUUUCCUGGUUCAAGGAUGUAAAAGACAGGAAUUCCUCUGGACUCAAUUCAGUGAUUCCUAUUAUUCCCGAUCAUAUCAAAAGAUGUUUACUGGAUUUACUAGCAUGUGUGGACCCUGCAUUUCCUACUAAAGAUUCACGUGUUCCUUACUCUGAGCUUUCGAGGACAUAUUCUAAAAUGCGGAACGAGGCUACUCAGUUUCUGUCUGCUGUGGAAUCAUCUGGCAAGUUUAUUAGCGUGUUAUCUAAUAUUAAAAUUGAUCCUGAAAGCUUGACUGCUGAUGAUGCAAUUAACUUCGCCUCCAAACUACCACCACUAAGUGAUGAGAAUUCUGGGAGAGAAGCCACAGAUAGACAUGUUAUUGAUGAUCUUGAAUCAGCCAGGCAACGGCUUUUGACAACUUCAAGCUAUCUCAAAUGUGUCCAGAGCAAUUUGCAUGUCACUGUAUCUUCUUUAGUUGCGGCUGCUGUUGUGUGGAUGUCAGAACUUCCAGCCAAAUUAAAUCCCAUUAUAUUGCCUCUGAUGGCUUCAAUCAAGAGAGAGCAGGAGGAAAUUUUGCAACAAAAGGCAGCCGAGGCUUUGGCAGAGCUUAUUUUCCACUGUAUGCCACGUAAACCAGGGCCAAACGACAAGUUGAUUAAGAAUAUAUGUAGUUUGACAUGCAUGGAUUCUAAAGAGACACCUCAAGCGGGAGUUAUCAAUUCGAUGGAGAUUAUCGAUGAUCAAAAUCUGCUGUCAUUUGGCUGCAGUACCAGUAAGCAUAAGUCAAAGGUUCACUUACUUUCUGGUGGUGAAGAUCGAUCAAGGAUUGAAGGAUUUAUAGGUAGACGGGGUGCUGAGCUUGCAUUGAGGCAUCUGUGUGACAGGUUGGGUGCUUCAUUAUUUGAUAUGCUUCCCAAGCUCUGGGACUGUCUCACUGAAGUUCUAAAGCCUGCUGGUCCUGCUGAUAAUGACAAAGUUUCUCAGGCAAUUGAUGCUGUUAAGGAUCCUCAGCUAUUGAUAAAUAAUAUCCAGGUGGUCCGCUCUAUUUCUCCAAUGCUGCAUGAGACUUUAAAGCCAAGAUUGCUCACACUUUUGCCAUGCAUUUUUAAAUGCAUUCGCCAUCCUCAUGUUGCUGUCAGAUUAUCUGCAUCUAGGUGCAUCACUACCAUGGCUAAAUCAAUGACAGUUGAUGUUAUGGGAUCUGUCAUGGAGAAUGCAAUUCCCAUGUUAGGGGAUAUCACGUCUAUUUUUGCCAGACAAGGUGCUGGCAUGUUAAUUAGUCUUUUAGUGCAAGGAUUGGGUGUGGACUUGGUCCCAUAUUCUCCACUGCUAGUUGUUCCUCUGCUGAGAUGCAUGAGUGAUUGUGAUACUUCUGUCAGACAGAGUGUCACACAUAGUUUUGCUGCUCUUGUGCCUCUUCUGCCCUUGGCGAGGGGUCUUCCUUCGCCGGUUGGAGUGAGUGAAGAUUUGUCUGGAAACAAGGAAGAUGCACGGUUCUUGGACCAGUUGCUGGACAACUCCCACAUUGAAGAUUACAAGCUUUGCACUGAGUUGAAAGUGACCUUGAGGAGGUAUCAACAAGAAGGGAUAAACUGGCUGGGUUUUUUGAAAAGGUUCAAGCUUCAUGGAAUAUUAUGUGAUGAUAUGGGGCUGGGCAAGACACUUCAAGCAUCAGCUAUUGUGGCGUCUCACAUAGCUGAACACCGUUCAUCCAAGAACACUGAGGAUCUUCCUCCCUCAUUGAUAAUUUGCCCAUCAACACUCGUUGGACAUUGGGCAUUUGAAAUAGAAAAAUAUAUUGAUGCAUCUCUAGUCUCCACCCUUCAGUACAUGGGCUCUGCUCAAGAUCGUAUCGCUCUACGAGAACAUUUUCAUAAGCACAACAUCAUUAUAACAUCAUAUGAUGUGGUCCGCAAAGAUAUUGACUACCUUGGACAGUGUUUAUGGAAUUAUUGUAUUUUAGAUGAAGGGCAUAUUAUUAAGAAUGCAAAGUCAAAAAUUACGGUAGCAGUGAAGCAGCUAAAAUCCAACCAUCGCCUGAUACUUAGUGGAACACCAAUCCAGAAUAACGUUAUGGAUUUGUGGUCUCUCUUUGACUUCCUCAUGCCAGGUUUUCUUGGAACCGAGAGAAAAUUUCAGGCCACCUAUGGGAAACCACUUUUGGCAGCUAGAGAUCCAAAAUGUUCAGCUAAGGACGCUGAAGCUGGGAUACUUGCUAUGGAGGCACUGCACAAGCAGGUAAUGCCUUUUCUCCUUCGCCGGACUAAAGAUGAAGUUUUGUCUGAUUUGCCGGAGAAAAUCAUCCAAGACAGAUACUGUGACCUGAGCCCAGUUCAGUUAAAACUUUAUGAGAAGUUCUCUGGUUCUCAUGUUAAACAAGAAAUUUCGAGCAUGGUUACAAAAAACGAAUCUGAAGGUACCACAGCGAUAGCUAGUAAUGCUUCAUCAAAGGCUUCUUCACACGUCUUCCAGGCACUCCAAUACUUGCUAAAACUAUGUAGUCAUCCAUUGCUUGUGAUUGGUGAAAAAGUUCCUCCUGCACUCGAAGGUCAUUUAUCCGAGUUGUUUCCUGGGAGCUCUGAUGUCAUUUCAGAGCUUCAUAAUCUGAUGCAUUCCCCAAAAUUAGUUGCGCUUAAAGAGAUUUUAGAAGAGUGUGGAAUAGGUCUGGACAGUUCGUAUUCUGAAGGUUCUCUCAGUGUUGGGCAACACAGAGUUCUAAUAUUUGCUCAGCAUAAGGCGUUACUGAACAUCAUUGAAAGGGACUUGUUCCAGACCCACAUGAAAAGUGUUACUUAUUUACGGCUUGAUGGAUCUGUUGAACCGGAGAAACGUUUUGACAUCGUGAAGACUUUUAAUUCAGACCCUACAAUCGAUGUUCUGCUGCUCACAACUCAUGUUGGUGGGCUUGGUUUGAACUUGACAUCUGCUGACACCCUUAUCUUUAUGGAGCAUGACUGGAAUCCCAUGCGGGAUCAUCAGGCCAUGGACAGAGCGCACAGGUUAGGUCAGAAGAAAGUUGUGAAUGUCCAUCGUCUCAUUAUGCGGGGCACACUUGAGGAGAAAGUCAUGAGCCUUCAGAAAUUCAAACUAUCAAUCGCCAACACCGUGAUAAAUGCAGAUAAUGCAAGUCUAAAAUCGAUGAACACUGACCAGUUGCUCGAUCUCUUUGCCUUGGCAGACCCCAGCAAAAUGGGAGCUCCUGUAUCGAGGCGUUCUGAGGGGAAAUUUGACGGUGACUCGAAGUUGGUUGGCACUGGUAAGGGCUUAAAAGCCAUCCUCGGAGGGUUAGAGGAGCUGUGGGACCAGUCUCAGUACACCGAAGAGUAUAAUCUAAGCCAAUUCCUGGCAAAGCUCAACGGAUGAGAACCUCAGCAAGGCAAGCCUCCCCAUGUAGAAAAGCUGUAUAUUUUCCGAAAUGAGAAAAUUUUGACACUAGUAGCUGUAGCUGUCUUCCUUCUUUUCGAUCUCAUUAAAUUGGUUUUGCCGGGCUUCCCUCCAUUUUCGUUUUUAUUGUUCCUCUUUGAGAGGGGAUGGGAAAUUGUGGCUCGGGUUUUUUUUUUUUUUCUUUUUAACAGUCAUCGGUUGCACGAGAAAAUGUUAAAAGAGGUUGGGUGAGGAGGAGGUGGUUGGGAGGGAGGGUAAAAGGAGACUGUAGAUUUUGAUUUUGGCACAAAGGAUGUAUAUACAAUCAGCCCUUCUCAUUUAUAUCUUCACCUAAAUAAUAAUACCACAAAGAAGGAAAA